AUUUCGCUAUUAUUUGUAGAAAAAGUCGUCGGUGUUUGCUGUGUUCGACAUCGUUCGUCCGUUUCCGUAAAAACCAGGUAAUCUGCGAGCGUUUGAGUGUCUUUUUUCUACCUUUUUUGUUGUGAGAAUGUCUUAUGAGGAGACGCUUAGUGACGGCAGAGUGAGGGGGAGGGUUGAGGAGGUAGAGAGUAGGGAUUUGGGGGUGCCGUUGAACAUUUUGGAAAGAGAGGAUGGACGAGAGCCGUGUUUCAACCCUGAGGAGGAGGUUGUUAGUGAGGUGGUAGGGUAUGAAUCAAUGCUGGGAAAUAGGGGUAGUUUGGCCCACCUAGUUGAGAACUAUGGGGUGCCAGGGCAUGUGUUGGUGAGGCCGGCGGGGAGUAGAGAGAGGGCGUGUUCGGCCCCAGGGGACCAUUGGAUGCCUCUCUACUCCCAUUACUUGGCGACUGGGUUGCGAUUCCCUCUCCCAGACCUGUUGGUGUGGUUGUUGUUAGAGUAUGGUCUGGGAUUAACGCAACUCACCCCCAAUGCCGUGAGGUUGGUGGUGGCGUUUGCGGUGUAUAGCCGAAGUCGGGGGGCGAAAGGGUUAAACCUCAAUGAGUAUAGUCUGACCCCGGGGGAGUUAGAGGAUGUGGGGGAGUUGGAAAGAAGGGGUGUGGGUUUGCUAGACGUUAUGGAGUAUACGAGCCAAAGGAUGUUAGACGCGGCUAAGAUAUAUGGGCCGAGCUCGCAGAGAGGAGAAGAAAUGAACAAGUUUCUGGACGCAGCUGGUGGAGCUGGCAUUCCGAAGAAGGGGAGGGGAAAGAGAGGCAAGGUCAGGAGGCGAGUGGAGGAAGUUUCACUCCCUCAAGCUGAAGUGGAAAACUUGGCCAUUUCUCAGUCUGGCCACGUUGGAGGUGAGGUGACGGUUGCUGAGGAAGGGCCCAUUGUUGCGAAGAAGAGGAGGCUAGAGCAACAAGAGGCCGUGGAGGAGGUACUGGAACCCGUGACUUCAUUCCUUUGCCUGGAAGGGACCUCGUCAGCCUCGGCUACUGAAUUUGCUGCUGCGCUCUGGGAGCAAGGGUACAUCCGAGCGCAAACAACGAGCUUCUAUGACUCUGGGAUGAGAAGCACAGCAAAGAGGUUCAUCAAUGCUUACUUCCCGGAGGUGGACCGCCAGCAUGCGAAGGACGAGGUGGCUGCCAGAGGUUCAGUUGGCGUUGUUCGUCAAGCGCUGGAGGCUAUUAACCUCGUGAAUGCUUUGGCCAAUGAGCAUCACGAGAGUUUGAGGGAGAGGAACCAGAUGAGGAAGGAUAACGCCGAGCUCGUCAAAAAGAACGAGGAGGCCGAGGCCGAGGUGGCGAGGCUGAAGGCGGAGAUGGAGGAGCUCUGGAAGGAAAACGCCACCUUUAAAAAGGACUCGGAGAUUUCGUACCAGAAAAGGAAGAUAUGCGAGGCCGAGCUCGAGAAGAGGGAGAAGGAAUUGGAGGAGGCGGGGAAGGCAGUGGCUGAGUUGGAGCUCAAGGUAAAGUUGCAGUAUCCUAAUGUGGACGUGACGAAGAUCACCUUUGGGGAUCAGGAGGGGGAGGUGGAGGAGGAUGGAGAGAGCAGUACUGCUGACUUCCGCUCAGAGGUAACGCUGAAGUGGGAGAGGGACAGCAGAGGUCAAACCAUCCUACCUCCUAAGUUCAAUUUUGAAUUUGUGGCAGUUGAUGAAGAGGGAACCAAAGGUGGCGAGAUUACUGAAGGUGCUGGUAAGUCAACUAGAGGUGUUGAGCAACCAAGUCAGCCUUCUGAUAUCCCCGAGCAUCCUGUGGCCAACCCCGACCAAACUGAAACUGCUGACUAGAUUUGGUCUCGGCUUUUUUUUUUUUUUUUUGGAGAGAGAUUCUUUGUAAACGACUAGAAUUUAAUUGAAUGAAAUUGAUUUGUUACUCGUUUGUCACUUCUGGAGAGGAUCUGAGAUGGAGAGGUUAGAAGAACUUAUAAUUGCAACUAAGUUUAGAGAAAUGAAAUUGACUUCGUCCU